AUGGACUCCGAAGACGAUUUCAUGUCCAACCUCUCCUCCGAGGAUGACAUGAUGCAGGAGGAUGACAGCGACAACGACAUGUCUAAUCCCGAGGACUUUGACUUUGACGACGAGCCCGAUCUGGACACCGGCAAUAAGGACUCCCAGCAGGCCAAGAAGCACAACUACCUCGAUAUCGACUUCAACGUGUUCCGCCCCGAAGACAUACGGAAACAGCAGGAUGGCCUGGUCGACGAGGUCAACAUGAUUCUCGACAUCUCCAAAGAAGAAGCGGCCAUUUUGCUACGGCACUUUCGGUGGAACCGGGAGCGUCUGAUCGAGGACUACAUGGACAAACCCCGUCAAGUUCUCGAUGCGGCCGGCCUCGCACAGACCGCCGCCGACAAGCCCCGGCUGCAGGUCAUCCCUGGCUUCAUGUGCGAUAUCUGCUGCGAAGACGGAGACGGCCUCGAGUCCUUCGCCAUCAAGUGCGGCCAUCGUUACUGUGUCGACUGCUACCGCCAGUACCUAUCACAAAAGAUCCGUGAAGAAGGCGAGGCCGCCCGUAUCCAGUGUCCCGCCGACGGCUGCAAUCUCAUUAUCGAUGCCCGCUCGCUCGACAUCCUAGUCACGCCCGAGUUGACGGAACGAUAUCACGAGCUGCUCAUGCGCACAUACGUUGAGGACAAGGAAACCCUUAAGUGGUGCCCCUCGCCUGACUGCGCAAACGCCAUCGAGUGCGGUGUCAAGAAGAAAGACCUCACCAAGGUGGUGCCCACAGUGUCAUGUCUGUGCGGCCACCGCUUCUGCUUUGGCUGCAUCUACACCGACCACCAGCCCGCUCCUUGUGAGCUCGUGAAGAAGUGGCUCAAGAAAUGUGCAGACGACUCGGAAACGGCCAAUUGGAUAUCGGCCAACACCAAGGAAUGCCCAAAGUGUAACAGCACGAUCGAGAAGAAUGGCGGCUGCAACCACAUGACCUGCCGCAAGUGCAAAUACGAGUUUUGCUGGAUGUGUAUGGGGCUUUGGUCCGAACACGGCACGAGCUGGUACAACUGCAACCGCUUUGAGGAAAAGAGCGGCGCCGAAGCCCGCGACGCUCAGGCUAGGUCCCGAGUCUCCCUGGAGCGCUACCUCCACUACUACAACCGCUACCACAACCACGAGCAGUCAGCCCGGCUGGACAAGGAUCUAUAUGUCAAGACGGAGAAGAAGAUGGUGGAGCUCCAAAAGCAGUCGGGCAUGUCCUGGAUCGAAGUCCAGUACCUGCAAUCUGCAUCGCAGGCGUUGCAGACGUGCCGGCAAACGCUCAUGUGGACCUACGCCUUUGCAUUCUACCUGGCACGCAAUAAUCUUACCGAGAUCUUCGAGAGCAACCAGAAGGACCUGGAGAUGGCAGUAGAGAACCUGUCUGAGAUGUUUGAGAAGCCGGUCCAGGACCUUGCCCAGCCCGGUCUCAAGGUGGACAUUAUGGACAAGACGUCGUACUGCAACAAGCGGCGCGUCAUCCUUUUAGAGGACACUGCUGAGAACCUUCAAAAAGGUAAAUGGACCUUCAACAUUGAUCUGGUCAGUGGUGCGCCUAUCGUGAAUCCCACGAGCACUCCUGCAACUACCUCUGGCAGCCGUCGCUAG